AUGAUUCAAAGAAAGACAGACAACAAUAGGACUGAAAGGAAGACAGAUAACAUCAUUAGUCAAAGAAAGACAGAUAACACUAUGAAUCAAAGACAGACAGAUUACACAAUCAAACACCAGGAGUCAAAGAAAAAAGAUAACAACAUGAGUCAAAGAAAGACAGACAACAAUAGGACUGAAAGGAAGACAGAUAACACUAUGAAUCAAAAACAGACAGAUUACACUAUCAUCAAUGAAAGACAGAUAACACCAGGAGUCAAAGAAAAAAUAGAUAACAACAUGAGUCAAAGAAAGACAGAUAACACCAUAAGUCAAAGAAAGACAGAUAACACUAUAAGUCAUAGAAAGACAGAUAACACCAUAGGUCAAAGAAAGACAGAUAACACCAUAAGUCAAAGAAAGACAGAUAACACCAUAGGUCAAAGAAAGACAGAUAACACCAUAGGACAAAGAAAGACAGAUAACAACUAUGAGUUAAAAAACGACAGAUAA